UUUGUCUGUCUUAAGCAUUGAACGAUUUCAAUAAUAUAGCAAAUAAAUUAUUCUACUUUGAAACAAAAUUACGACGAUACGUGUGCUAUUUUAAAAGCUAAAGCAUAAUUUCUAAUCCCGUUGAUUGAAUUUCAUGUAUUAAUGAAGUGAAAUUCUUUCAAUGUGAUAUUUCCAUUAUGACAGUUUUAUUCUUAUUAUUAGUUUCAUGGUGUCAUCUUAUUUUCUGUGAGGAUCUGUCAUCUAGGUGCUCUCCUUGGGUAACAAUUGAGGAAGAGCUAAAGCGUAGAGAUAAUCAUGUCAACUGCAUUAAGAAUGAAAAUUGUACUGGGAUGAAUUGUUCUGGUAAUUCAAAUGGCUAUGACGUUCAUGGUGGUAUUCUAAUUAAUUCAUGUGAAAAUCCUCCUAGUAUAGAAUUCUUUGUUGAUAUUCCAAAUUUGUAUGUCAAUAAUUGGAAAAGGAAAUUUUACCAUGGGGACAGUUUUACAUUAACAAGUAAUCUGGGAGGUGAACUGGAGCUUCAAAAAGAAAAAAAUAAAUUAAUUUUAGGACUUUUCCUGCAUGUCAUUUAUGGAAAAAAUGGCACCCACCCUUUGUUUCCUCUGCUGCAUUUUCCUGUUAAGUUUCCAGUUUUUCAAAAUGCUGUUUUCACCGUUCCUGGGUGUUUAGCUUUUGAAGACCAUGUUACGCAGGAUCGCAUAUCAGUUACUCUUUUGCCUUCUACUAAAUCUUCUGUUCUCACAUCCAGAGGUAAAAUUUAA